AUGUUAUCCUUACUUGAUUAACAGAAAUUUUAUGGUUCAACCUAUUGGGAUACAUAUCCUGAUGACAACAUACAUGCAAUCAUACUACCCAAAGAAGGAAAAAGCGGAAUAUACAUUGGCAAUAUCUAUGCUGCAACAGAUACUAAAUUGCAUCUUCGCUACAAUAUUAAAUGCAUAUUGACUGUUUAAAUGAAAUGCUCUGUCAAAUUCUAAGGAAGCGAAUAAAUUUUAUUUCAUAAGGUGAUUCCCAUUGACAUAGAAAAUUGCGGUGAUUUAUUCAAAGCUUUUUAUGAUUCCUACAUGUUCAUUGAAAAUGGAAUCACCUAUGGGAAUGUGUUGAUCCACUGUCAAGAUUGUGUUACUAUCAGUCCUGUGUUCGUUAUAGCUUACAUGUUAUAAAAAAACGGGUUUACAGUGGAGAGAGCCUGGGAAAUUGUGAAAAUUCAGAAUCCCUUUGCAUAAGUUAGACAUCAGUUCUUUCAAUAACUAUUGAUUUAUGAAUAAUCCCUCAAUUUAGACACUUACCUUGGUUAGCCUCCAAAGGAAGGGAAACAUUUGAGAAAUGUGGAGAUAAAGGAACUAAGUAGAUUAGAGAAGAUCAGAGAGAGAGAGCAGAAACAAAAGUCAUUCAUAGAUUCGGUGUACAACAAAUAUCAUGUUGAAAACAAUUACUAAAUAGAUUACGAGGAGCUAAAGAAGCGAUAUCCAAGGAAUCAGAAUUAUUGA